UAUAUCUAGUAAUUUUAUGUUUUAGGAUAUCUAUGUACAUAUGUAGAUUUUAAGAAAUCUCUUUGAAGCUGGACAUACUGGUAAAAAUGGCCUCCGUCAAAGUUGCUGUAAGAGUCCGUCCUACCAAUAGCAGGGAGGUGAAUUUAGGUUCAAAAUGUAUUAUUGAAAUGGAGGGAAAAAGAACAAGUAUUAUCAACUUGAAAAUGGCUUACAGUUCAACAGAUAAUGAAGAUUCACAUGGAAGAGAAAGAGUUAAAGAUUUUUUCUUUGACUAUUCAUACUGGUCAUAUGAUGAAAAUUCAUCACAUUUUACAACUCAAGAACAGGUGUAUAAAGAUUUGGGUACUGGGGUUGUUGUAGCGGCUGAUGAAGGUUACAAUGCUUGUAUCUUUGCAUAUGGACAGACAGGUAGUGGAAAAACUCAUACAAUGAUGGGUCAGAAGAAUAAUGAAGGUCUAAUUCCUCGUAUUUGUGAGAAUCUUUUUCAUCAAAUUCAUGAGAAGGAGAGAGAAGGGGUUUCCUUUCGAACAGAAGUCAGCUAUCUUGAAAUCUACAAUGAGAGAGUUCGUGAUUUGCUUCGUGCAUCAACAGCAAAAGGAGGACAGACACACACUUUAAAAGUCAGAGAACAUCCAAAAGAGGGACCUUAUGUUCAAGGUCUAACAAAACACCUGGUGUCAGAUUAUGGAGCUAUUGAAGCCAUUAUGAAGCAAGGAAAUGACCUCAGAACAACAGCAUCGACAAAUAUGAACGAUACUAGUAGUCGCUCACAUGCAAUUUUUACUGUCAGUUACACACAGGCAAAGUUUAUGCACAAUCUACCCAGUGAAACGACAAGUAAAAUAAAUCUAGUGGAUCUGGCUGGAAGUGAACGUGCUGAUUCAACUGGUGCCACAGGAGUAAGGCUAAAGGAGGGUGCAAAUAUUAACAAAUCUCUGGUUACUCUUGGCUCUGUUAUUUCUUCCUUGGCGGAAGCAUCAACAAACACGAAAAAGAAGAAUAUGUUUAUCCCUUAUCGCGAUUCCGUUCUAACAUGGCUUUUAAAAGACAGUCUUGGUGGAAACUCAAAAACAAUUAUGAUUGCCACUAUUUCACCUUCGGAUUGCAAUUAUGCUGAAACUUUGAGUACACUUCGCUAUGCGAAUCGUGCAAAAAAUAUUAUCAACAAGCCAACUGUUAACGAGGAUUCAAAUGUGAAGUUGAUUCGGGAUUUGCGUGCAGAAAUUGAUAAGCUGAAAAGCAUUAUUGGCCAUGAUGUUUUAAGCGAUGCAGAAAAAGCAGCUGCACGUAAACUUUAUGAAAACGAAGAGAGAAUUGGUAAACUUACUGAUAAAUGGAAAGAUAGAUGGAAUGAAACACAAAAGAUUAUGCAGGAGAGAGAAUUGGCUUUCCAACACCGGCUGGAUGCAGGUAUUCGCAUGGAAUCAGAGUUGCCGCAUUUAGUUGCGUUGGAAGAUGAUUUGUUGAGCACUGGAAUUUUGUUGUACCAUUUGAAAGAAGGAAAAACUUUUGUUGGCACAGAAAAUUCUAAAACAAAACCGGAUAUCGUGAUUAGUGGACCAAGUAUUUUGGACGAGCAUUGUGUUAUUGAAAAUAAUGAUGGUUAUGUUGUUCUUGAUCCAUUCCCUGAAGCUGCUUGCUCUGUAAAUGGAACAAGUAUUCGAAAACGAGUACGUUUGCAACAGGGUGAUGUUGUUAUUCUUGGGAAGACAUCAAUUUUUCGCUUCAAUCAUCCUAAGGAAGCUGAAGAACUCAGAGAAAAACGCAAGUCUGUUGGUCCUGGUUUCAGUAACCUGUCGAUGUCCACAAAAUUUCGCAGCGAGUCUGAUCUCCUUAAGAAGAUGCGAAAUCCUGAACGAGACAAGAGAGAAGAAGAUUUGUCAAGGCAGUUGGAAGAAGCGAGGCUUCUUCUUGAAAAACAAAAACAAGAAGAAGAACGUAGAAUGGAAGAAACUAGAAACGAGUUUACACGACAGAUUCGUGAAGAAUCCAGAAGAUUGCAAGAGACAAGAGGAGAAUUAGAGAGUCAAAGGAGAGCAAGGUUAAAGGAGGCACAAACACCAGAACAAAUCAAAAAGCAUCUAGAAGAGCUUGAGCGACAUUAUGCAGAAGCUGAAGAAAAGAGAGUGCAACGCGAGAAAGAGCUGAGUGAAAGUAUACGUAGUAAAGAAAAUUUGAUUGGCUCGCAAGAAGAGAAGCUAGCACAAGUUCAACACCAAUGCGAAGAAGUAAAAACAGAAAACGAUAAAUCUGUCGAGAGAGAAGUUGACCUCUUUAUUAAACAAAGAUCAGAAGAAACUACGAAAUUAAAUAACGAAAUAAGAGACAUCGUUGAUAGGGAGCGAGCAAAAAGCGAAUCUUCUGUUAACAUUGAUGAUAUACAUGCAGUUUGGGUUACAGAGACAAAUAAAAUAGUAGCUCAGGAAAAGUUAUGUUCGACGCUUAGCAACGAGCUUAAUGAAUGUGUGUCGUCUUUAGAAAGAAAGUCAGACAUAGCGGAGGAUGAAAGACAAAAUCUGGAGCAACAUAAAGAGGAGUUAAAGAAAAGUUUAAGCAACGCGCAAGUCUACCUUGAAGAAGUGUAUCAUGGAAAAGCAAAGGCGCUGAAAAAGUACGAACAGGACUAUAAGAACAGAUAUGAAUUCGUUUGCUGGGAGCGUGAUCGAGCUCUUGAAAAAAAGAACGAAAGAAAACAGUUGGUGGAGGUAGAGCUUAGUUUACACGAAGACAAAUUAGUUGACGCACAGAGCGCUUUAGAUGAGACGAAAGCUAAGUAUUACACUGUUGUAAGCGAGGAGAAUAAAAAUUUAGCUACUGAGAGGUAUAAAGUUGAUCAGCGGAAGAAAGAAGCUAUCAAACGUUCUAUAGAAGAUCAAAGAGAAUUCAACGAAAAAGUUCAACAGUAUAGAUCUCUGUUACAGAAGGGUCAAGAUAAAAUCAACGUUAAGAAAGCCGAGACUGAAAGUUUAAGACAAGAGUUGACAGACUUAAUGAAAAUUAAAAGUGACAACGCUAAACUGAAAAUCGAGAGCUUGCGUGUCGAGUUAAACGAUAAAAUCGAAGACAUACACGAGUUAGAGAAAAAUCAUCAAGUUGUUAAAAACGAAGAAGAAAUCGUCAUCCAAACUAUGAUGAAAGAAUUAGAGAGUAAGAAAUCGCAGAAUGAAAACGAGGCUGAAAUGUCUGAGAAAGUCAUGUUGGAGCUUGAGAAGGUGUCUCGUGAGAAAAUUCUGUUGUUACAAGAAGAUGUGGACGCGUGCGAAAAAACAGUGUUGCAGUACAAGUCAGAUAUUGAGCGCGAUCAAGAGAAUUUGAAAGAAAUAGAUAAACUAUACGAAACUGAUACCGCUAAGCUUGACUCUGAGUUAAUUUAUGUUGCCUAUCUCAUUGAGAAAGAGUUUCAAAAUCGCGACGAGGCUCCAGAGUUAGUCACCAUCCAAAAUUCCAAAUCUAAACUAGAAGACAUCAAUAAAACAUAUAAAAGUAACAUUGAAAAUAUUCAAAAUUUAACUGAUAGUAUAUGGAAACCGUUGAUUGAAAGCCGCGAGGAAGUGCAGUUGGUUUUGGAAGACCUGGUUCGCACGCGUGGCAUAGCUGAGGUGACGUUAACCGAGCUUAAAGAGCAGUUUUCACAAGAGCGUAAAGAGGAGAUUGACGAGAUCGAAAUUUUACGCGAAAGACUAGCAGAUUUCGAAGAGGAGCGAAAUAUUUCAGGUGGUUGUAGCGAGAACGAGAUCUACCCUGCAGCUGGUGAACAGAACAGCAAGAGUGAUGAUAGUUUUGAGGAGAUUCUUACAAAAGAAAAACAAAAAAUUCAAGAUGAAAUGUACCAGAAAAUUAUCGCCAUGGAAACAGCAAUGCAAGCAGAAAUUGACCAAUUGAAAAAGCGGGAAAUGGAUUUAAUAUCCUGCUUGCAAAAAGAUCGCGAGAGUCUGGUAGAUGAGAAACAAAAUCUCGAACAGGAUAAAGAUGCGAAUAUAGAACGUGUUGAGCAACUUCGAAUGCUUUUAAAGGAAAAGGACAAACAACUUUUAACGAUACGAGAUCAUGCUCAGAUUGAAGUAGAAGAGUUGAAAAUUAAACUGUCUUACGCCAACAAAGAAAUAUUUGUACUUCAAGACAAACUACAGAAAUACACUUCAUUAACGAGUUUAAACUUAAGUCACACUGGUGAUGAAGAAUUAUCCGAACAUGAAGUCUCUCAGAUACUCAUCCGAGUGCAUCAGAACAAUGAAUCAGACGAUGAUGAAGACGUAGAAAUUGCUCGUUUGAGAGUUUCACCACCGCCCACUCCUAUCAACAGAUUUUUACAGUCAGUUAAUAUUUACAAAAAAAAUCAAAUUAAAGUUGCUAUACCAAAGUUUAUUCUAAGAGGUUUGGGACGAGAUUCAUAUCAUGUGUUUGAAGUAAAGUUGAGCGUUGGAGAUGACCAUUGGUCUGUGUACCGGCGUUAUCGACGCUUUCGAGAAUUACAUCGACAAAUGUUGCAGGAAUAUCCCAUCAUUUCUAAUCUUGAAUUUCCAUCCAGAAGAUAUUUUGGCAACAGGGCGGAGAAGUUUGUGCGCAUUCGACGUGCCCAGCUUGAGGCUUAUUUGACGGCGUUUUUGGCCAUCAUGUCAAACGUCAGCUCGUGCCCCAUCUACGCCGUCGCUGCAACGCCGUUAACGAAGCAAGAUCUUGGAUUGUUUCAUCCAUUUUUCAAGCAAGGCGUCUACGAGUAUACAAAGAACGAAACUGACUUUGAUAAUUUUUCUGAAAACGAAUAGUUUUUUUUUCUUUUUGGUAUUCGCUUUUUGUACUUAAAGAAGUAAUUUUUGCUAUAUUUAUAACAAUCUUACGCAUUGUCGAUAAAGAAGCUUUUUUGUCGCCCAAUAUUUUUGUGUUUGUGUUCGAAACUUGUAAAUGUGAUCCGGGAAACAUUUUUGGAGAUACACUAUAAAAUUAGAGUAAAUCUUAUUAAAGCCAGGUUUCAAUAGAGAAAUAAGAAUAAUGACCAGCCUGGUUCGAAUUUUGAUAUUCUUUUAAACGAUAAAUUAUAUGGUGUAUGUCAGAUGUGAAUACCGAAAAUGCCAAACUUUGUGGCGUGUCGUGUUUUGAUAGCGUUAUAGUGAGUUUGUAAUAUUCGUAUGGUGAAGAUGAAUCUGUGGUUGUUAGUCAUAAUAAAUUAUAUCGAUGUGUUGUACUUUUAAGUUAUAUGCACUUUGUGUUUCUGAUAAUAUGCGCCCUGUUUAUAUAUAAAACUUAAAUUUAUCACACAUUCAUGCUUUUUUCAUAGCAACAUUAAAUUUGACCUGAGGCUGUAAAAUAAGUUUUUUUACAGGCUUAGCUGUUACUUCUUGCUUGGUAGGCUAAAAUCAAGUUUUUCAUGUGUCUCUCUCGAUUUCCUGUUGUUGUUCUUUUUUUGUUGUAUUUUCCCAAUCAGGCUGUACUGUUGCUUAGCAACUGCUUCAAUGUUUAAAGUAUUAAGCCUCGUGUUGCUUAUAAAAAACCAUGUGAUGUUAUAGUUUGACGUCUCGACACUCGACGUUCGACGAACGUCCGAUAUUCUCUAUGUAGUAUUUAAAAAUAGAAAUUGUAUUUAUGAAACAUACAUUUUUGUUAUGAACUGUAUUUAUUUAUUAUAUUUUUUAUAUAUAUAUUAAAUUUAUUUUAACUUUUUACAUUUGGCUUAGGGUUAGCCAUUUUUGGAUUCGAGAAUCUCUACCUCUGGAAAAGAAGUUGUAAAUAGCUACAGACAGGGAUCUUCACUUUUUUGUUUGUAUUUAGAGAGCUUAAAUGAAAUACAAUUGAAUUCGGUAA